GUCGCCCUUGCAGCCGCGUUAGCUAGCGUGUUAGCCAGGCGAAACGUUAAUAAAGGUACAUUUAGUUUAUAUUAAAGUCGAAUUCAUUUUGAACCCGCGAUAGAUUAGAACACAUUCCCCCAACAUGCGACUCGUCUAACCUACACCGGCGGUCCAGGGGACAAGUUUAGAGCGGCAUUUAUGUUAGCAUUCAUGCUAGCACUGUUUAGCUAAACCACAGAGCUCGUGCCAUAUCGGGGUUAUUAACAGCAGCAACAAUAAUAAUAAUAAUAGUGAUAAUAAUCAUGGGGUUUUAUGAAGUGUACUCUCACCCGGUUUUAAUCCGGUAUAAAGCCAGUGUGUGUUCCCGGGCCAGUGUGUUUGUGCUGCUGGUGUUUCUGCUCACUUACAUCCCUCCUUUACUCAUCACCUACAGGAGCCAAGGGUUUUGGCUGAAGCAGAGCUCGUAUGAAGAGCAGCCUGUGGUCCAGUUCCAGUAUGAGAUGCUGAUGGUGGCGGUGACGAGUGUGACUGGAGAUUACGUAGCGUGGAGCACCUUCUCCAACUUCAACACCCUGCUGGGAGACAAUCUGCGCAUUCCCACUGUGUCCGUACAAGAGAUCGACAGAAAUGGUGAUGGAAAAGCAGACCGUCUGUCUCUGCAGCUGUCUGUCCCUCUGAACAGCGCUGAGCAGAUCUACAGCAUCCAGCUGCUGCUCACCUUCUCCUACCAGCUCCGUCGGAUGGCCGCGGUGGUGAUGCAGUCGAUGGUGCUGCUCCAGUCCUCGUCUUCUGUCCCCAUGUCUCAGCUCUUCAUCAGUGGAGAUCUGAGGCUGCAGCAGAAGGAGCCUCUCUCUCACCGCGGACUGCACACUGUUUAUAACGUGUCUGUGAUCGAUUCGGCGAGUCCUUUUGCGAGCUCGUAUGACCUCACCUCCAUCAUCAGGAACUACCAGGAGAGAAACCUAACCACUUACCUGUCCUGUCCUGUCCCAGUGUGGACGGUCGGUCGAGCAGCCAAUGCUCCGUUUCAGAUUAACGCAGAAAUCCGUUACCCGGUGGAGACCAUAACAUAUCCUUUACACGCUGCGUGUGUUUUAAUUGAAAGAACAUGAACACAUAAUGACAUACGUAGUGACAUCAUUACCCAACUGCUCUCUUUUUAAAAGCUUCUUCUUUUCAACUCAGAGGUUUCCAAACCUUUUUUUUGCCUUGAUUCCAAAUAGGGUUUAUUUAUUUAUCUAUUUAUUUAUUUUAUUAUUUUUAAAUGAGCCCAGACCUUGAUCUAAUUACUUUAACUUAAGUGUAUAAAGAGUAUUAGAGUACACACGGAAUUACGAUGUCACUAAUGUAGAUACUCUGCGACUGCGGAUCUCACAUAUGACUAAAACAGCACGUAUGACUUUAAAUGUGACAAAAUCCUAACAUGCAAAACCCCUCUGUAGUGUUUUGUAAAAUAAAUGAACGAAGACACAGGGUUGAUGGCGGGGUUCUCUCCAGACCCUGUGAUUUUGGGGAAACCUGUACCUAACGAGUGACGUGAGGAUGACGGGUCACCGGUAGGUAAAAGAACCAGUUUUGUUGCUUUGCAGCCUGAAAUGAAGACAAAGACAGUUUUUGUUUUAUUUAUCUGUAUUUACUCAGUGCAACUUUUAACAACCAAGUUAAAGAUAUAACAGCAACAUGUAAGUUAAAAAAAAUAAAAAGCGGAAUCACUGAUUAGGAAAAGGAUUUUUUUAUUGCUUUUUUUGCUGUAAUUUUAGUUGUUAUUUGUUUGUUUUACUGUACGUCAGAAACUUUACGAAGAUGCUGUCCCAUUGGGCAGGUCACUCCUGAAACAGAGAUUUUUAAUCUUGACACCCCUUUUCUACCAAAGUGAACCAGGCCUUUUGCUUUAAUUAAGCCUUUUGUCUGUUGGGAUAUGUCUCUACUAACUUUGCAUCAUCCAGACUUUGCAGUAUUAACCCACUCUUCUUUGCUGAACUGCUGAGUUAAAUGUGAUGGUGACUGUUUAUGAACUGUAGUCUUCAAGUCAUUCCUCAAAUUCUCAGUGUGGUUUAAAGUCUGGACUCUGACUAGGCCGUGCAAGGACAUUGAAGGAGAAAACAACCUUUUUUUUCCCCUGUAACCAGUGUGUGGUCAGUUUUGCGGUGUCCUUUGGGCAGCAAAUGUACGAAUUUGAUGGUAUUUUGCCCAAUCCAUUUUCCUUCUAUCCUGACAAGUGCUCAAAUCCCUGCUGCAGAGAAACACCCCUAUAACAGGAUAUUACCACCUCCAUGCUGUACUGUAGGAAUGGUGAUAUUUAGAUGGUGAGCUGGAUUGGAUUUCCACUAGACAUGUUGUUGUGGCCAAAUAGUUACGAUUUAGUCCCAUCUGACAACCUGAAUCUGUGCAAAGCUCAGUCGUGACUGCAUGUGGCCUUUCGUGAGGAGUUGCUUUUUUUUUUUUUUUGCAACCCACAAAAACCGCAACUGCUUCAGAGUUGCUGUGGGCCUCACGGUAGCCUCUCUGACCAGUUUCCUCCUGGGUCUUUUAUCCAGUUUGGAGCGAUAUCCAGUUCCAAGGAGAGUCCGUGUUGUACCAAAUAUGUUUCACUCCUUAAUAAUAGACUUGACUGUGCUUCUAGGCAGGGGCCUUGUGCCUGUGCAAACUUUAUUCUGGAGAUCUUUUCACAGUAUCUUGCCACCCACGGUUGAUGGCUUGCUUCAGUUGCACUGCCUGGGACCGAAGUGCCCCAGGUUCUCAUGUAGAGCUGAUCAAAAUAAUCACAGCUGAUCACAGUUGAAAGUCACAUGGCUUUGUGUGCCAUUGAGAAGGUGAUUAGCUUCACGUGAUUAAGCUUACAAGUCAUUUUUAGGAGGAGAGUGAUUCUGUUUUUAAUUCUUUCAAUUUUUUCCCUGACAUGUUGGUGUUAUAUCUUUCACACAGAUCUUAAAGGCACACUGAGUAAAUUGAAGCUGGAUGAAGCAAAACUGUGUCUGUCUGUCAUGGCUACAAAGCAACAAAAUGUGAUUAUUUUAAAGGGGUUGAUUGUUUUCUAUAGCCACUGUACCUGUACACACCAGUCUUGGUGUUGAGUGUGUUUCUCUUCCUUACCUGUGUGUGUUACGUAUCGCCCGGGGUUUUGGGAGACGCUGAAGUUCGCCUGGGUUCAGUACGUCAGCGUGUUGCUCAUCUUCAUCUGGAUCUUCCAGCGCAUCCAAACCUUCGUCUUCCACAACCGUGUCCUGCCCACUGUACCUGUCUCCCUGCACAAACCUCACUUCUCCUGACCUGUCUCUAUUUGUGUGUAUGUGUGUGUGUGUGCACAAUUUGAAUAGUUUUAUAAAAUUUUCUAAAAGCGUGUAAAUAUUUUGUACCUGUUUUAAUCACAGCCAAUAAAUGUGUUUGCUCAGA